AGACAAAUUUUCAAGCAGUUUUUGGAAACAAGCGACACCUGUCUGUGAUCCGAUUCAUUUCAACCGAUUUGUCCUCAGAACUGUUUGAGAAGUAGCUCCAUUAUUAGGAGCGGACGAAACGGGAAACAACUGAUUUUUGACGGUAAUCUUCUGAAUACAAAAAGAACUCCGAAACAAACUUCUAGUGCACUGAGUCAGAAUAGUGCAACAUUUUUGUGUAACCAAAAGUUUCACCUAUAUAAUAAGUACUUCGAAAUUGAUCCGCCGAUAUUGUCGUGAAUAAACCCACUAUGACCAUGACCGCUGGUGCGGGGGAGCCUGCUGCUAAACGGCUGAAAGCCGACCUGCAGUCUGCGAAAGGUAAGUGAUAUUACGUCGACACUAUGAGUACAUGUAGUGUAGAAAUCUGCAUGAGAACAAAACGGAUUUUUCAUGCGGACCUGGCGAAGACAAGCUAGUAGCGUUUUCAUCUUCUUUGUGGAGCUGAAUUCAUGGCGAAUUAUGCCAAUCAUAUAAAUCCACCAGGUCCGCACGAUGAGAAAUCCGUUUUAGCCGUAAACACGAUCCGAUGCCUAUCCCUUGUAAAAACGUCCCCACCACGUAGUCAAGUUGGAACUUUGGCAAGACAAAUCGAGCAUCUUUGGGACUCACGCAUGACAAGUUUGGCUACUUACGCAGUGUAGUCGUGCCUAGCUAGUUCAGACGCAUCACAGAUCCACUUCUCUGUCAUCCUGAUUGGCGCAUGACAGAUUCAGAAACGCGACUAGGUAAUGCCUGUCAUGGAGACCUGCAUGACACACAUGCUGAGCAUGCAGAUCUGCAUGACAAGUAUGGGGUGGGGACGUUUUUCCUACGGAUAAUGCCUGGCUGCGGACAUGGUUCAGCAGGCGAAUUCCGGCCACCCGGGAGCGCCAAUGGGGUGCGCACCAUUAGCGGCUGCGUUGUUCGGUAUCAAAUGCAAAAAUGUCUGGGUCUGGAAGAAUGCAAGACUUGUCAUGCAUAUUUCUCAUGACCCAUGAUGCCUGUAAUGCAGGACUAGCAUCGCAGACUUUUAGAGGGCUUCCUGGUGCACCUUCCGCAUGAGAAAUGCCCUGUCCGUGUAGCGCAAACUAUGCCCCUCUUGCUGGGUCAUGCAACACAAAUUUUUUUAGAGUCCAAAAACAGCAUGACAAGUUGCAAUCUUCCAGACCCAGACAUUUUUGCAGUUGAUAUUCGGGAAGAUCAUGCAUUUCUCCCCGGAGAAUCCGAAGUGGCUGAACCGGGAUCGCUAUCAACUGUAAAAAUGUCUGGGUCUGGAAGAUUCUGUGAGCCAUGAUGUCUGUGAUGCAUACUCUAGCAAUACAGAUAUUCUGAGGGCUUCUUGAUGCCUCUUCCGCAUGACAAAUGCUUUCUCAGCGUAGCAAAAAUUGCAUUCCCUUUGCUACUCAUGCAAUGCAGAUUUUUUUAGAUUCCAAAAAUAGCAUCACGCGUUGCAUUCUUCCAGACCCAGACAUUUUUGCAUUUGAUAAUCGCUUUGUUCUAUCGAACGGACACGCGUGCGCGCUGCAAUACUGCAUGCUGCACUUGACAGGGUAUAGGUUUAUUAUUAUCGGCGUAGCCUAUAAUUUCCGGCAGCAGCACGAGUGAGAACCAAUUUUCUCCUGCGAUCGAUCGUGAUAUAUGGACGACAUCAGAUUCUUGUCAUGCAGUAGAUUUGUUUUCAAAUUCAAAAGGUGAAGUAAGUUUUUAUGCGUCUAAAAUAAACCUUUUUAUCAGCUACCAAGUUUCUCUGGACGACCUGAAGCUCUUCCGCCAGCUCCAUAGCAAAACCCCGGGCCAUAUCUUAUGUAAAAACGUCCCCACACCAGAGUCAAGAUGGGAGUUCUGCUAGACAAAUCAACCAGCUUUGGUUGCUGCGCAUGACAAGUUUGGCCUCUGGGUGCUGUAGUCUUGUUUAGUUAGCUCCGGCAGCAUCAGACCUAGCCUAUCAUGCUGAUUCAAGCAUCACAAAUUCCAAAACGCGACGAGAAAACGCUUCUCAUAGGGCUCCGCAUGAGAAACUUUUUUACCAUGCUUGCAGAUUAUCAUGACAGCUAUGGGGUGGGGACGUUUUUACAUAGGAUGGGCCACCCAGAAAACUUCGCCACGCCCGGGGUGGAGGUGUGCACCGGACCCCUUGGGCAGGGCAUUACCAACGCGGUGGGGAUGGCAUUAUGCGAGAAGCAUUUGGCCGCGCGGUUUAACAAGCCCGGGUUCCCGCUCUUCGACUCCUAUAUCGAUUGUAAAAACGUCCCCACCCCAGAGUCAAGACGGGGAUUUUGCAACACAAACCUCGAAGUUUUGGGAGCCACGCAUGACAAGUUGCAGGCUGUAGUGUAAUGCAGUUUAGCAAGGGGAGCCGCAUAACAAAUCCAUCUCGUUAUCCUGCUUACAGCAUUACAAGUUCCAAAAUACGAUGAGAAAUGCCUCUCAUGGGAAUGCGCAUUACAAAUGCUCUUGCGCUUGCAGAUCUGCAUGACAACUCUGGGGUGGGGAUGUUUUUACACAGGAUAUCCUACACCUACGUGCUAACCGGGGACGGCUGCAUGAUGGAGGGGGUGGCUUCGGAGGCCUGCAUAUCACACAGAAAAAAGCAGGCAGGUCAUAUUUGUAUAUGCGAAAGUAAAUACAUAAAAAAAUCUUUUUUGCGGACUCUAAACAGCAUUUUUUGGGGCCGUCCAUGACGAAAUUUUCUGUGUAUUCAUUUUUGCAAUACAAAUUAUAUGCCCUUCUAGAUUUUUUCUCUGGGAUAUUGCAGUCUCGCUGCGCACUGGAAGUUGUCGAAGUUGAUCGUAUUUUACGACGACAACAAGAUUUCCAUCGACGGUAGCACGGAGCUGGCGUUCACGGAGAAUGUCGGGAAGCGGUAUAGAAAUGUUUCAUACUAGUAGAGGGGGUAGUUGCUUGUCCAAAUUGAAUCUGUGAUGCAGCGGCUCCAAUAUCAUUAUCAACGCAACGUUUUAAACGUUUCUCAUGCAGUUUUUGCAAGUAGAAUUCUACAAAAAUAAAAACAGUUUCGAAGCCUACGGUUGGAACGUACUAACCAUCGAACGAGGCGACGCUGAGGACCCAGAGCAAUUUCAGGCUGCGGUGACACUCGCAAAGUCCCAGAGUUCAAAGCCAACGUUCGUUUAUCAAAUGCAAAUACUUAAAUCCACCGCGGAUGUCUGGAAGUAGAACGCAGUGAAUUUGUGUUGCUGAGUGUAGUUGCGUUAGGACAGAGCGAUCUUUAUUUCUACGGAAGUGUUGACACGCAUGACAAAUUUUUCGGAUGGCAAACGGCCAACUAGCGCGACAAAAAACUGCCCAAGAUAAAUCGUUUUCAUGCAUAAUACAGAUCUAUCUUGUUCGUGUCCUUGAAGAAAUGUUGCAUAUAGAAAUCCAGACCGAGAUGAUCGAUGUUUGCAAUGCAUAUCCUUAUCAUGAAAACUAUAUGCAUUGUAAAAAUAUCUGGGUCUGGAAAAGUGGAACUUGUGUUGCAUGUCUGGCAUUCCUGAGAAAUCUGUAUUGCACAGCCAGCAAGAUGAAAGGCGGUGCUUUUUCCUCUUGCAAAAACGCAGUUUGUCAUGCGUGCUACGCAUCAGACGGCGUCAAGUAUACUUGUCAUGCUGGGCUGCACUUGAGAGCGCCAGUCUUAUCCAAACUUUAGCAUCACAAAUUUCCAGACCCAGACAUUUUUGCAUUUGAUAAACUACCAUCGGGUACGGCUGCGAGAAAGCGGGGAGCGAAAAAACACACGGGGCACCACUGUAUCCAAGAAAAAACCUAUGUGAGUGCGAAUCUGCGAUGCAGAAAAUGCACAACUGUUUACGAUUGUCAUGCCGGAUGUGCUGCUGCGUCAUAGGCCACUUUCAUACGUGUUUUGUUCACUGAAGGUACUAGUUGCGCAUGACAGGUUUAUUAUUUCCCUGUAAUGCAAAAGGAAUUUGUGAUGCGGCUCAUCUUCCUACAAAGUUACACUUACUACACAGUUUUUUCCUGGAUACGCUGGGGGCAGAUGUCAUAACCGCGAUGAAGAAGCAGUUAGGAAUGAACGCAGAGGCGAAAUUAUCCUAGAAAAAAACUGUGUAAGUCUAAAUUUGUGAUGCAGAAAAUGCAAAACAGUUACAGUUGUCAUGCUGAGUGUGCGUCAUAGGCCACUUUCAUACGUGUUUGCACGUACUAGCUACGCAUGACAGGUUUUUCCUGUAAUGCAAAACGAAUUUGUGAUGCUGCUCUUCCUACAAAGUUACACUAACGCAGUUUUUUUCUUGGAUAGAAAUUCGCCAUUCCAACGGCGGUGAAACAGAUGUACAGAGUUUUGAAAAAUAGAUAAUUGCUUCGUGAUGUUGAUGUUUGUAAUGCGAGGCUCAGCUACACAUAGGGGGUUUGUGAUGCACAACAAGUACGAUGACAUUUUUCAUGAAAAUCAGGUUCGAAGCCCACGGGUCAGUCGGGAACGCAAUGUGCACGCAGUGGGAGAAGAUGCUCCACAACUACGAGCAGCAGUUCCCCGACCUCGGCAAAGAACUGUCCCGGAGAUUACAGGGGAAGCUGCCAGCGGACUGGAAGUCCUGUUUGCCGUCCUACGAUCCAGGUACCUCGAAAGCGGCGGCAACGAGGGUGUACUCCGGGGAGUGUCUGAAAGCACUGGUAAACAAGUUACCGGAGCUAGUCGGCGGGUGCGCAGAUUUGGCACCAUAUGCAUUGCAAAUAUGUUUGGGUCUGGAAUUAAAGGUGGAAUCUGUAUUGCGUGUCCAGCAUUCCUGGAAAAUCUGUAUUGCAGAAAAGCAAUAAAAGCGCCACAGUCUCGUCGUAAAAAGUCGCAGUUUGUAAUGCGCACUAAGUAUCAGAAAGCGUUAAGAAAAUUUGUGAUGCUGCACUGCACUGAAAGGCACGCUCAAGCAUGACCAUUCAGCAUUACAGGUUUGCAGACAUCCAGGGAUAUUUGCAGUGGAUACACCGAGCUGCAACACAAAACACGUGGACGAUUUUCAGGACAGCAACCCAACGGGGCGGUACCUCCGGUUCGGUGUGCGGGAGCACGCGAUGGCGGGAAUCUGCAACGGGAUGAUGAGCUACGCACAGAACAACGCGAAGUACGGAAACAGUUUCAUGACGCUACCCUACUGCGCCACCUUCGCGGUGUUCUACGGGUACGCCUGGGGAUCGGUCAGGUUAUCGGCUUUGAGCAAAUUUCCGGUGCUGUACAUUGGGACGCACGACAGUAUCGACUUGGGGGAGGACGGCCCAACGCACCAACCGGUGGAGGUUCUGCAGCUGAUGCGCGCGACACCGAACUUCUUGGCGAUCAGACCAGCAGACGGUACUAGGGAGUCUUCUUUUUUGUCAUAAAUUAAAAUGCGUGAAUAUGCAUGGAAAAUAAAGCGCGCUGUGAUGGUGCGUCGAACUGCAUGAAAGCUUUAAGAUCGUAAUAGGUCUCAUGUCACAAAACAUUCGCAGGUAACGAGACCGCUGGUGCGUACCAGUGCUGGCUCGAGAACCAAACCCGACCCACCGCUAUCAUCCUUUCCCGGUCCACCGCCCCGCACGUCGUCGGCACAGAUAAGGACAAAGUAGCAAAGGGCGCCUAUGUCGUUUCCGACUCCGUCGAGCCGCCAGAGAUUAUUCUCUCCGCCUCUGGGCAGGAGGUGGACUUGAUGAUGAAGGCGAAGAAGAUUCUUGCGGAGAAGAACAUCAAGAAAGUCCGCGUAGUGUCUUUUCCCUGCUGGGAACUGUUCGCGGAACAAACGAAGCAGUACCAGGAAUCAGUGCUGCCGAAAAAGACCUUCAAAGUGUACUGCGAGUCGUGCUCCACGUCCUUCGGAUUGGAGAAGUACGCGGAUUCGGUGAUCUAUGCAUUGCAAAUAUCUGUGGGACACUGGGUUUGUGAUGCAAGACUUCAAGGACAGAAAGAUCUGUAUAUUGCAUGAAUACGAUAGUUGGGCAGUUGUUUUGUCGUGCUGGAUAAUUUGCGGUUAUUUGUCAUGCGGUUUAAUACGAAUGAAUCAGCAACAAGCCUCGCCAGACCACAUCUGAUGCUGUUCCGCCGAGUACAAGCCUGCCACUUUGCAAAAAUGCGAGUAAUUAUAGCACAACAAAUAAUUCUCAGAGCCAGACAUAUUUGCCAUGCAUAUGAUCUGCAUGUCCAGCUUUGGUGCGUCGGCUCCGGGCGGAAAGCUUAAGGAGGAAUUCGGCUUUACUGCGGAAAAAGUUGCGGCGAAAGUGAUGAAGGAUUUUGAGGAACAUAAAUAGGAUAAGUCACAUCUCUUUCACUAUCAAAUGCAAAAAUGUUGUCUGGGUCUGGAAGAGCCAAACUUGUGAUGCUGCAUUUGGAUGCUAAAAAAAGCUGUGUUGCAUGACCAGCAAGAGGAUUCAAAUUUGGCUACGCGGAGAGGGCGUUUGUCACUCUGGAUGCGCAUAGAUAACCGCUCAAAAAAUCUGUGAUGCUAUGGCAUACAUCACAGACAUCAUGGAUCAUGGAAAAUGUGCGUUACAAAGCUGUGCUCUUCCAGACCCAGACAUUUUUGCAUUUGAUAUUCACCUGUGUGGUGCAGCACGAGAAGCAAUUCGAUGGUGCUAUUUGUCACGUUAUAAUUUCAUCUACGUACUAGUUUUAGGACCCCCUUUGUUUUAUUGCCAUCGGAGGCGGACUGACAAGAGGAAAAAACACCAGGCUGUGGCUUCUCCUCAUCUGGAAAAAUGCGCCGGCGCAGUCGUGCAGAGUUGGUAAGUGCCUAGUUGUACUUGUACCUCUGUCACCACCACCUGCGACUGGAUCUGACGCGGGCCCUCGCUGGAUCGUGUGCAAGCGGCAGUGACGGCGUAGUGGAAGUUACCUUCUUGUUGCUCCACAGUCCUUGGAUGGCUGUGAAGCGGAUAAGUAGGUGCCCUUAGGAAGGGGGGGACGCACCACCGCAGCCGGCGCACAGCAGGGGAGGUUUACUGGGAAAGAAACUUGAUUUUUGUUUUCUCCCCCCUAGUAGGCUUUUUGAUUUCAUUUUCGCCGUGCUUUGUUUCCUUUUCUCCUUUAUUAUGCUGCUCUUUGUGUCCUGCUUCCCUGUCCCAGUCCGCGGGCUGGGUUCUGCUGUUUUUCGUUUUGUUUGCCCAAAAUAAAACGUGACAACCAGCACGAAAAACGAUUGGCUUCGCCAGUUGCGGCUUUGUCGUUCUUGACAGGAGUAAAUCUAGCGAUAAUUAUGGUACCACCUCUUCUAGUGCCUUCCACCCGUCCAAGAGAGAAAUCGUCAGGCUGAGAACCGAGUAGGGGAAAACAUAUUUGAUAUCUUUUCUGUGUAAAUUAAAAAAGUCGACGAGCACAAGGCUUGGAUCUUCAUUUCUAUGUCUCACAAGGAGUGUCACAACUAGAUUGGAAUUAUCAAUUUACAGCACGCAAAGAAGUAGAGAAACUACUACAACAAGACUCGGCGUAGUAUUACUUUAUUCGAAGCAAGUAGAGCACAACAACUUGAAUAUUGCGCAAGUUGCAGCUCCUGUCUCACCCGCGGAUUAAUCUUCAAGAGAACAACUGAACUACACUACGCAUGGAAUGAUCUUCAAGGAUACUGGAGCUGUUGCGACGUCGGCACGACGAGAGUCAUGUGAUGAGAAACCGCCACGGUUAAGGAAGGGCUCGCUGUCGAAGAACUAAAAAACGCACCUGUACAACGGUAUGAAUAUUGAUUACUUUUCACGAAGCACAUAUUUAAAAACUUGUCGCGACAUGCAGUUCGCAG